AUGGCACGUCUAUCCCCACAUUCACGAGUAACCACUGCAGCAGUUCCCUCUUAUCAGCAUCAAACUGUCCGGUCAUUAUCCAUGUGGCGGAUUCCCAUUCUGAUUGCCACAGCCGGCAAAACCAAAAGACGACUUGCUGUAACGGCUCUUUUGGGUGGCGCGAGUCUCAUUAGCGCUGUCGUGGGACCUGUGGUAUGGAUUAUCCUUGGUGGCACAGGCGCUUUUGUAGCGUGGCGCGUAUGGCGUCAAACGAACAAAUGGUGGAAAUACAUUGGACCUCCAGCCGCGACCAUUGCUGGAUCUGCCGUUCCCAUGACCUCGACGGUGUGGAACGCCGUUAAAAACCACGUUGGAAAACACCGAGCGGCUGAUGAGGUGCGCCAGAAAGCGAUCGAUCAUGUCAAGGAGUGGGCGCAGACCCAGCAAGGACGACAAAUUCUACUGAAUGAAUUCAGUGUAGAUCACGUCGAUGAACUCACCUUCUUCCCCACCCAUUCGUCAGAAACGGUAACACGCAAAAUAUCACAAAAUGAGGGAAAAGAAGAGACUGAAAGAAACGAGGUGAAAGUGGAAUUUUGGGUGGAAGACGAUCAAACGAUGGGAAACCGAGGUGGAGGUUGCAUUGUGCAUGCCUGGGCCUCCGUUGACAAGAAAGGUCAACCACACCUCGAAAGCCUCAAAUUAAGCGCACCUGGAUGGCAUGACGAUGAAACUGUACCAUUACAUUACGACAGGGAUACAGGAAGGGAAAGAUUGUCAUAG